AUGAAUCCUCCCAGAGCUCCAGCUCCUUCAAGAUUUGUGCGUGGUCAUGCUAGAGGUGGUGGUGCUUAUCGACCCUAUUUCUUCUUUAAACGUAAUGGCCGAACAAUACCGGCACAUGGCCGUGGUGUAGGUAAUUCUCGUGCUAGAGGACGAGGCAGAGCAGCUGCUGCAAAAACUGCUACUACUAGCACCCUACCCAAUCGCUUGAACAAUGUGCCAACACCCUCAGCUUUAGCUUCAAGUUUCCUAAGACCACAAGUGUAUGUGGCACCCGAAGAUGUGCAACAGAAUACACAAUCUCUAGAAAUUGAAGUGCCCCCACCUCAUCCCGGUUGGCGUUUGUAUUUCUACAAGGAACCCUAUAGCGACACUAAUGCUUUGGUGCAAUGUAUUAGGCACAUGGAAAACCAUUUUAAGGAUCAUGUUGCGCAUUACGAUUUUUUGGACAUACAGAGGAAGGGUUAUUUCGAAUUGAAAGCCAAUGUAGUGAGCCAAGAUGAGAAUUUAAAAGAAAAUUGGCCUUCAUUAAUGCAAGAAUUGUCGCGAAGUCCUUUGAAAACUUUAGCCAUUAUUGGCAUAGCUAUGCAAACAUUAGCUUUUGCUGCGGCAAUCGAUCAGUCGUUGAGUCAACCUGCUUGUAGUGAAAUGAAAUAUAUACCAAAAGUCGUAAGGCCCCGUAAGAUUUAUGUGCGACCAACUGGUUUUAUAGCUGAGGGAGCUGUUGCUUGUAUAAGUUCACUGGAAUUAGAUCAGUUAUAUUGCGUUCGAGGUAGAGUAAAGGAAAUUGGACCAGUAGAUGCGGCUGCUUCUUGGGUGGCCUAUAAAUGUACACGGUGCAGACAAGAGCAAGCUAUUAAGCAGACGGGAUAUCAUCCUGCUCGCCCUACUGCUUGCAAACGUCAAGGCUGUUUAGCCAAACUAAACUUUACAGAAUUACGUUCCUCACCGUUUACACGCAUAACACCCAAACAAAUGAUACGUUUAACCGAGGCACGUUUGGACGUUGUCUAUGAUAUCGAUCAAGAUAACAACAAUUAUAUUGAUGUGGAACUAAAAUACGAUUUGGUAAACUCAAUACAUUUAGGACAGGAAAUUGUGGUGACGGGAGCUUUAAAAAUGCGACCCUUGCAAGAUGAGCGAAUGUUUGAUCAACCAUCUACAUCAAAGGCUGCCAUGGAGAUUUUUCUUAGAGCCGUUUCCAUAGUAGACGCCAAGUACUGUAAAUAUAAAUACACGGAAAAGGAUCUGGAAGCAAUAACCAUGAUCAAUGGAGAAGCGGAUAGUUUUAAAUUGUUGGUACACUCUUUGGCACCCGAGGUUCACGGUCAUGAAAUAGUUAAAGCUGGCGCUUUGUUAGCAUUGAUAGGAGGAUCUGGUUCACAAAUUCAUGAUGAGGAGGAGAUUAAUAUUUUGUUGGUGGGAGAUCCUGGAGUUGGCAAAAGUAAUAUUGUCCAACAAUGUAGUAAAAUUUCUCAAAAAGGUAGCCUAGUGCAGACCAAACGAUACAAUACAACUACUGCAACAAAACUUACUCAUGCUAUAAGAGGUCGUAAUAAAAUUACUCUAGAAUCAGGGGAAUUAUUUAACUCGACAUAUGGCCAUUGCUGUAUAGAUGACAUAGAUCGCCUGGCUAGCCAACAGGAAUCUUUAAUUAAUGUUUUACAAUCAAAACUGUCCUGCUUGUCUUUAUCCUCGCUUUGCACUACAUUGCAUACACCCACUUCGGUAAUAGCUACAGCCAAUACCGUGAGUGGCCAUUACGAUCAAUCGAAAUUAUUAACAGAAAAUAUACACAUAAAUCCCUCACUAUUAAGUGAAUUUCACUUGGUAUUUGUAAUGUUGGACAAACCCAACAAAGACAUGGAUACCUCUCUAACUGAACAUGUAAGAGCUUUACAUGCUGGCAUUAAAAGGAAUUCGGUCAUAAGCAAUAAAUUCGAGCAAAAACCUAAACUCAAUAAUUCCACGAGUAUGACUGUUGAUUAUGACUUGGACAAAAUGGAUUUAGAUGAGGAUUACAAUGUAGGUUUAAGACUUAAAUUAAAUCCUAUAGAAGAAUUGGAAAUGGAUUUAUUGCCUACCAUAUUGCUGAAAAAGUUUAUAGCCUACUCCCGCCAACAAGUUCAACCUUUAUUUGUAGCCGAAUCGGCUGAGGAAUUAAAAAAGUUUUAUCUAGAACUAAGACAACAAUCGGCCAAUUCUCCCACACCCAUAUCUUCCGGUCAUUUAGCUGGCCUUAUGCGUUUAUGUCAAGCCCGUGCCCGCAUAGAUUUCUCCAGUGAGGUCACCACACUCCAUGUACGCGACGUGAUAUCUCUGGUAAGACAAAGUAAUGCCGAUAUGGCUUUGGGAGAUUAUGUCGAUACAAAUGCAGCCACUGGCAUCUCAACGGGCAGAGGAGUUGCGGGUAGUCAAGCAAAUUUGCGAAAAUUCAUACAAAUGUUGCAAAUGCGCUCCAGUGCUUUGGCGCGUCGCAUAUUUGAGUUUGAUGAACUAAAAGAUAUGGCCCGCCGGGUGGGUAUACAGUGUGGUGUAACAAAUUUAAUAGAUAUAGUCAAUUUACAGGGUAUAUUAUUGAAAAAGGGUCCAAAUAUGUAUGAAGUAAUGAUGGAUUAAUAAGAAUAAGAACACAUAUAGUUUUUUUGGUUUUUAUUACUUUAUUGAAUUUUUUUUUUGUUACUUUUUUUUUAAUUUUCUUGUAAGUAUCCAUGUAUUUCAAGUAUUCGUUUACUUGAAGUUUUUCCUAAAACUUAUGUAUUAAAUAUGUAUUAAUAUAUAGAUUUUAGUUUUAUUUAAAUUUAUUUAAUAAUAUUUAUGAA